AUGGACCCUAACAGCUGUGCUCAAGAUGUUAUACGGUGCGAGGUGUGUGAGACCACUGAAGCACAGCACUACUGUGAUAGAUGUCAAGUCAGACUUUGUAAGGGAUGUCUUGCAGAUCACAUUUCAAGUGACGAAUCAAAGGAUCACACAAUCUCUAAAUUCCAAGCAAAAACAGGGAACCCCAGCUCUCCUGUAUGUGCAUCUCAUGACAACGAACCCUGUCACAUGUUCUGUGAAGAAUGCAACAUCCCUAUGUGCUUAAAAUGCAUUGCAUCCAAUACACACAUAGGUCACAAACUCUCAAUAUUAAAGGAUGUAUUUUAUGAAAGAAAAGAGACUAUUCAGAGAGACAAAGAUGAACUAGAACAGUUGAACUCUCCUACUUAUGAUGAAAUAGCAACUAGUAUAGAACAAAGAAUAAAAGAAGCAGAGGAGGACUAUGAAGAAUUGAUCACUGUGAUAAUGCAACAUGAAGAAAAAUGGAUAAAAACAAUUAAAGGAUAUAUUGGAAACAUCAAAAGUGGAAUAAUGGAAAUGAAACGCGACCACCUAAAAGCAUUGGAGAAUCAUUUGUCCGAGAUAAAUCAAAGAAAAGCAGAAGUGGAUGAAACAUUGAAAUCUUGUCUCAAGAUGUCCAAGUCAAAUGAUAUGAUGGCUUAUCUGAAUUACAGAUCAAAGAAUGAAGAAUUCAAACAAUUUCCAGCCAAAGUUAAUGUAGUAAGUCCUCAUUUCAUACCAAAAAAUCUUGAAGAGGAAAAAUUUGGUGAACUUUUUGGUGAUCUUACAAAAAUGUCCAUCACAUCAGAAGAAAAUGGCUACACAAUGAAGACAGCAGACAAAACUCUAGAUAUCAAGUCCAGCCCAUUUGCAGACUGGCUUGAUAAACCAGAAAUAGAAUAUAACAUUCCCACUGGUUUAAGAUGCUUUGGUAUUGCCUGUGUUAAUCCAGAAGAAAUCUGGACAAGAUGUCAGUACAACCGUUUAAAGCUCUACAGCACUAGUAAUAGAUCCUGUAUCAAAGAAAUUCUAAUAAAAACCAGUAUUGAUAUACAGAGCAUAGCAGUGACAAGAAGCGGAGAUCUUGUUCAUAUUACUGGAAUUGGGGACACUAUAACAAUUGAGAGAAAUAACAAAAAAGAGGAGUUGAUUAAGUAUGAGCUAAGCUGGAAAGCCCGAUGUGUCUGUUGUACAUCUACUGAUGAUAUCCUGGUAGUAGAAUCAGGGUAUACCAGACCAAAGAAAAACUCAGAAAAGAAUACUAGUCAUUCUUCUUCCGAAAGUAUCCCAUCAGUCAGAGUUGCCCAUUACUGUGGUUCAAAUGAGACACAGUCCAUUCAGUUUGAUGAUGAAGAAAAUCCACUUUUUUCACAAGAAAUCACUGAUCCACACAUCUGUGAAAAUAAUAACAAGGAUAUUUGUGUUUGUUAUGUGAAAGGUUGGUCUGUGUUGAAAGCUGGAGAAUUGGUAGUGGUGAGUCAGGUUGGGAAAUUGAAAUUCAGAUAUACAGGUCAAUCUCCAAAUCCAAAGAAUAAAGAAUUCGUACCAGCAGGAUUGGCAACUAACAGUCAGAGUUUGAUCUUUGUGGUUGAUUCAAUAACUAAGCAAAAACAAUCUGAAUCAUUUUAUUUUAAUGGAAUCAAAGACUGGAACAUGUUACCAGCACAAAUUAAACCUGUUUUAAAUACUGGAAAUAAUUUUGCUUUUAAAAGAAAUGUCAAGAAAUUUUUAUUAGAAAGGGGAAUUGCAGUGUAA